UGUAAGGCUGAGAAAGCCUGAAAAAGUGAGCCUUUUAUUCAUAAGGUGUGGGGUCUUUUUUCCAUUACACGCACAAUUGUUUUGGUAGACAAAUCCACAAACCCACCAAACAUCCUACAAGGGUUUCAUCCUCUCUUCUCAGGGCCUCUUCCUUCCGUUUCUUGGGCCCUUUUUCUUUUCUGGGCCUUUGCCUAUUAUCGAUGGAGGUUCCAGAAAUGGGAGGCAAGACUGAAAGCCGUUUGACAUCGGCAGCAGCCUUUGUGGAAGGGGGGAUUCAAGACGCAUGUGAUGAUUCUUGCAGCAUAUGCCUUGAAAAUUUUAGCAAAAGUGAUCCUGCAACUGUCACUAAUUGCAGGCAUGACUUCCAUCUGCAGUGCAUUCUUGAAUGGUGCCAGAGAAGCUCUCAAUGCCCUAUGUGUUGGCAAGCUAUCAGCUUGAAGGAUGCUACCAGUCAAGAACUGCUCGAGGCAGUAGAGCAGGAGAGGAGCUUGAGGAAUAUGCCAUCCAGAAAUGCUUCAAUUUUUCAUCUUUCGCAGCACGAAUUUCAGCGUUUACCAGUGGAGCGUGAUUCUGAUAUUGAAGAGCGAAUCCUUCGACAUUUAGCUGCUGCAGCAUCAAUGAGGAGAGCACACCCUCUUGGUCGGAGGGAAAGUCAACGAUCUAGGUCAUCUUCUCUUGGCAAUGUACACUCCUUUGUGUACGCAACUCAUCCUAGUGCACCUCCAUCAGUUACUGGAGGGGGAAGUGAACCAGCUGCAAUUCCUGCAGGAAAUCCAUCUGCUCCUCUUAUAUUUGAUGGAACACAGCAAUCAUCACCACAGCAGAGGCCCCUAGUACAAACUCGGAGUUCUUCUUUUACUUCUGCCUCUACGGUCCCAACAACAAAUCUUCAACGAGCUCACUCCAAUGGAAGCUUUGCCUCUCAUUCCUUGCCUGCAAGCCAUGAUGAACCACAGCCAUCAGAACAAUCAUUCUCAGAUUCUCUCCUUUCCAAAUUUAAUGCAGUAUCCAUGAGAUACAAAGAAUCAAUUUCAAAGGGCACAAGGGGAUGGAAGGAGAGGCUGUUCUCUCCUAAUUCUUCUGUGUCAGAACUUGGUUCUGAAGUUAGGAGAGAACUGAAUGCCAAAAUUGCUAGUGUGUCCCGAUUGAUUGAGCGCCUUGAAACUGCAAGAGAAAAUAAGAACGCUGCAGGCACUUCUGUAUCAAAUCAUUCCGUUGCAGAGACCAGCAACAACCAAAACAAUGUGGAAGUUCAUGGAGAGAACUCUUUUCCUGGCAGUAAUUCUUCUGCUACUUUUUCUGCCGUCCCAGAUUCAAAGUGAGCUCUAGUUUACUUCUGUUCAUGCAUCUUUGCUCAGCAUAUCAUGUUUGAAGGCAAGCACUUGCUCAGAUAUGACAUGGUGAGGAAUAUAUGCUGAUGGAGGUUAUUGGCUUUGAGUAAGAAAAUAGGAUAUGAAGCAAAAAGCUUUUGCUUUUAUGUAAAUAUUAUAUGCGGGGAACUGUAGGAAGUAAGUAUUUAAGGUAUGAACCAAGGGAGAAAGUGUUAUGAAAUUUCUCCAAUCUUAGGUAUAUUGCCAUAUAUGUUCAUAAUCUGUCCUUGAAAUUACUUUAUAGAUAUCAAGAUGGCAACUUGAAUUCUUGGUGUUUCUGCUACUUUAAGCUAAAAGCUUAGUUUUGAAAUUCACGUUGGGAAAACCUGAAGCUAUCAUACUGUUAUGAAUUAAAAGUAAAAUCCGGUGAUUGCAGUUCUGAA